UUUCAGUCUUGAAAAAACAGGAUUCCAAGACAAGAUGUACCGUUGCAAGCAUUAACCCCAAUUCUUGGGCACUUUCCGCCAACCCAAACACAUGCCAAAGCUUCCUACGUCAGGGACAUGCAUUUCUCUCUAUUAACUGAUAUUAACAAGUCUGCACCAUUUCACCAAGCUAGUGGCAAGAAUGCGCUGUGAAGAGAAGCGACGCCAGCUCCAUAAGGCCCUUCUCAACACUCUUUAUCCACAACAACAUGAAACAGAAGAUGGAAAAGGCCCUGUAAGCACAGCGAAUGAUGGGUUUGAUGUUAGUCUGGUCCCAGAUGAUUAUGGGCUGCGACAGAGUGGUUCAUCGACAAGUCAGGAAGAUGGUGGUGGUGGUGAGGGCAGAUUAGAAUCGGAGACCCUCAAGUUGACUAGAGCUCAAAGGAAGAGGCAACGUCGAAAGAAGCUCAAGGAGGAUAUUUCUCGUCGAGGAAAAAUUAUUGGGCCAUUGCCUCUGUCGAGCAAUGACGUAGAACGUGGCUGUAGUAGUGCAGUUAAAGAAGGCAGCCCAGCUGUUCGAGAAAAUGCUGAUGAGGAUGAUAGUCAUCUUAGUGCUGCUGGCAGUAACAACCCAGGAGGUGGUGCUAACCAGAGCAAGCUAAAGCAGAGGAGGAUGGCUAAGAGGCAGGCAAGGGAAAGGUUGAAGCCUUCCAUUGUGGAGACUGAUGUUCAGGACCAAACUUUGAAGUCUACAACAGAGGAGACCGGUGAUCAAGAUCAGAUAUGAACAACGCUAUGAUGCUAGUCCAUGCAGAUUGCAGACGAAAGGAAAAUCAAAUAAGCAGCCUCUAUUCUAUUGUGAUAGAUAUUCAUAGGGUGGAUUCACAAGGAAACUAAGCACUGCUAUGCCGUCGUCUUUCAGAUCUUGAACAUGCAUUUCUCUCUUGACUUGAUGUUGGCUUGAGUAAAUUGGCUGUUUUAAGUCUUUUAAUAAUUUGUAUCAGUUUUUUUUGUACCAAAGAUAACAACUUAGUGUUGAUCCUACAAGUUUUUGGACUGCCCAAUCAUCUAGCUGAUAGUUCCUUGUAAGCUCCUUCAAAGUAGCCAAUACAUGCUGUGAUCCUGGACUUCUAA